CGCCCCCAAGGUGUGGUCCGGCGAGCGGCCGCCCCGGCGCGGAGCCCAGCGGAGCCGUGUGCGUGGCCGCCGCCCGGGAGGGGAGGGGAGGAGAGGGGAGGGCGCCCAUGGCCGCGCGGUGAGCGGCGGGGCAUGUCUGGGCUCGGGGGCACGGCGGCGCCGCGGGCGGCAGAGCGGCGGCCCCUUCCUCAGCCCUCCGCGCGCAGGUGAGGCGGAGAGCCCAGGCGGAGAGCCCAGCGCUGCGCCGGCGGGUCCCCAGCGGCCGCCCCCCCGCACACCGCUCUCCAGCCGCGCCGAGCCGGCCCCGCGCAUGGAGGGCGAGGCUGGGCAGGCGGCGGCUGCCCCGCCGCCCGCAGGAAGAAAAGCUAAAGCACCUCUUCCUCCAUCUGAAACAAAAAACGUUGAUGUUUCUCCUUUUGAUGACACAGAAUCAGUCAACUUCACCAUGGAACAGAAAGAGAAUGUAAUUGAUAAAGACAUUGAACUAUCAGUGGUCCUGCCAGGAGAUGUGAUCAAAUAUACUACAGUUAAUGGCAGGAAACCCAUGAUGGACUUGCUGAUCUUUCUCUGUGCACAGUAUCGUUUAAAUCCAUCAGGUUAUACUAUAGAGUUAAUGUCAGCAGAAAAUAUCCAGAUUAAAUUCAAACCCAACACACCAAUUGGCAUGCUUGAAGUGGAAAAGGUGAUUGUAAAGCCUAAACAAAUGGAUAAGAAGAAACCUGCUCCAGUGAUACCAGAGCAAACAGUAAGAAUAGUCAUAAACUACAAGAAGACACAGAAGACAGUAGUAAGAGUUAGUCCACAUGCCCCCCUUCAGGAACUCAUACCAGUUAUCUGUAGUAAAUGUGAGUUUGAUCCUUCGCACACUAUAUUGUUGAAGAAUUACCAGUCUCAAGAACCCCUGGAUGUGACAAAAUCUCUUAAUGACUUUGGACUGAGAGAAUUAUAUGCCAUGGAUAUCAGUCGAGCCACAUCACCAGCUGAUUUAAAUUUACCAUCUUUACAAGACUCCUACCAAGUGUCUGAAAACUUAGAUGCUUUGAAGGAGAAAGAAAACAAAGGAUUUUUCAGCUUUUUUCAACGAAGUAAGAAGAAACGAGAACAAGCUGCCAGUGCCCCAGCAACUCCACUGAUGAGCAAGCCAAGGCCAACUUUUAUCACGAGAGGCAACAGUGUUAGCAAGCAGUAUGAUUCAAGCACUUUGCCAUCUGAAAUGCCAAAGAAACGGCGAGCUCCUCUACCACCUAUGCCAACUUCUCAGAGCGCCCCCCAGGAACUUGCCCAGGUCAAAACGGCCUCUGAUAUUGUGAAAUCUAACAGUCUUGAUAAGAACGAGCAGGCCCCUCCAGGACUAGGAGUAGUAGGAAAGGGCUCCCUGCCGCUCAGUGACACAGCUUCUGUGAACUCCUCUUUACGAAGGAUGAAGCGCAAAGCACCCUCACCACCUUCUAAAAUGCCAGAAGAUCGAAGUGAAAGCAUUAAUGAGACUGUAACAGCGUCAACAGAAUUAACCGCUGCUGAGGAUACUGUGGAACAAAAAGCAACCGAAAUACAGUCCGAAACAGCUGGAAGGAGCUCUGAAUACAGCCUGGAAGAAAUUGAUGAAAACGAAGAGAUGAGUGUGCAACAGAGAGAGGAAACAGAAAGUACAAAACCCUCUCUCGGGACGGGAAUGGUUACUGCAGCCCCUGGCUCUGCGGAGGUACCACUGGAAACUGAGAAAAAUGAUCCUGCUUCACCAGCUCCAGUUCCUGGCUGUGUUUCUUUAGGCAACUCACAAAGCCUCAAGGAAGAAAAACAAGAAAAUAUUAGCACAGAUGGCAAAGAACUACAGACUAAGAUAAGCAGUGAGCAAGUUGCAUUUGAAAAAGACAGGAAGCUCAGAACUGUGGAUCAAAAUAAAAAUGAUGAUCACAAUGAUACAAAACUCCUCGCAACAACAGAAGAAGGAAAAGAACUUCAGACAACAGAAAUUACUGCAGCAGAUUUUAGAGAAAAUAGCAAGCUUGAAGUUGACAGACUAUCAAACUGCCAGGCAUGUAAAAAUGACUUCUCUGCAAGUCAUAGGAAUUAUCCUCAAGCGAUUCCAGGAAUGCAGGAUCAGAAGUCAAAUCAAAACAGCCUGGACACAGUAAAAACUCAGGAUGUUGCAAUUCAGACAGGUCCAUCAGAGAGCAAUUUGGGAAGACAUACACUAAAGGAAAUGAUUGUUCCUCAAGACUGUGAGUCAUUCAGAGGACUGGCCCAUCAACACAAUACAGAUACAAACAACCCCCUACUCCAGUUGAAUUAUGGAGUACAAGAGGAUGAAGAAAUUUCAACAGAAUUAAACCUCCAGAGGAAAGAAUUUUCCCAUGAAAAAGUAAAUCCCAUAAAAGAUCAAAGUCACAGCUCUACAAAUGGCGAUAAUGUUGCUUCACCAGAAACGACUGCAAAAAUUGCAGAUGGCUGUCCUUUAAAAGGUUAUCCUCUUUAUAGACAGGACACCAAACCUAAACCUAAGCCCUCUAAUGAAAUUACAAGAGAUUACAUACCAAAAAUUGGAAUGACUACUUAUAAAAUAGUGCCUCCAAAAUCCUUAGAAAUGAUGAAGAGCUUGGAAUCAGAAAUUCCAUCAGAUUAUAAGGAUCAACAGGUAUCUGCUCUGGAAGACUCUCUGAAGCAUGAAGACUCCAAAGAAUUCAUAAUGCAAACUGAAAAUACUCAUUUUCCAAAAAGUAUAGAUCAUUUUCAGUUUGAUUCACAAAAUGAACCUGUAGCAGCAAAUGAUCCACUGCACAGGGUGAACAGCAUUUCUGAGCACGCUGUGACUUCUCAAGUUGAGAUUACUCCUGAGAGCAAUCAAGCAGAAACAGAAUUUUCCAAACAGCGUAUCCCACCGAUGCUAAGCUUGGAUAAUACAAAUGCCUCUUCUGAGACUCAAGACAAAUCAACUGCAUUAAGUCCUGCAACAAAACCUAGUUCUUUUUUUCUGCAAAUGCAGAGAAGAGCUUCAGCUCAUUAUGUGACAUCUGCAAUUGCCAGAAGUACAGUUUCUGUUCCCAGUUCUACUCAAAAUGAAGCUAAGAAUACAGACAUAGAAAAAAAAGAUUUUUCACCAGAUCAAACUACUCUUCCUCUACAUAAAGCAAGUAGUUUCUCCCCUCCAGCAGACAAAAAAAAAGAUGAUUAUGAAAAAAAAAUUGAAUCCUCCACCUGUCCUGUUAAAAGCAAACCUUUGAGUUUUCCCUCCUGUCAACCGGCACCGUUGAACUUAAAAACUCUAAGAACUUUUGCAGUUCCAAAGCCAUAUUCCAGUUCGAGACCAUCCCCUUUUGCUCUUGCUGUCUCAUCAGCAGUCAAAAGGUCACAAUCAUUCAAUAAAACGCGUGCAAUCACUAGCCAGGCAGCAAGAGAGGAAUUUCCUGUUGAACUGUCCUCUGCAACUUCUGCAGCUGAAUUCUCCUCAGCUACCUCCAUGCCUCAAGUGAAAAACCCUUCCUUACAGAGCAUAACGGGAGGGUCACAAACUAGUCUAACAGAGGAGAAAAGCAGCUGUGUGAAUAGUGAGCAGUCGAGCCAGGUGCAGUCAGGUGCUUCAGCUGACCACCCACCCUCUGUCACCAAGAGACAAAGUGCGAUGAUGUUCCAGCGCUCUGACCCAGAACAGAUCCACCAGAGCUUGCUGGCUGCAAUUCGUUCUGGAGAAGCUGCUGCCAAAUUGAAAAGGGUUGGUCCUCCAUCAAACACUAUAUCUGUCAAUGGAAGAGCCAGGCUUACUCAUUUGUAUUCUACAGAAACAAAAGCUAAUCACUAGAUAUUAUACCAAAUAUUUUGCACUUUACUACUGCUUCAUAGGCCAACUCAAUACUAACUACAAAUUAUUGAAACUGUAAAUGCAAGUAGAUGUUAAUAUAUUUUUGUCAAUUGGUAUAGGAAUUUCAUGCUGGGUCCUUUGCCCAGGAAAGAUUAUUAGAUUAUAUAAAUUAUGGUAAUAUUUUGCCUUUUUCUCUUUAUAAAGCUGACAAUGCUGCUAAAAAGGUUUAAGAGAAGGUGCAAAUGAGCUUCACUUGUGUUGGAAUGAGAAUAAAAAAUUGUUAAUUUCAGCCUUCAAGACUGAACAAUAUGUAGCAGUAUGCUGAAAAUACAGAUUUCUUUAAGAAUUUUAGAUCAGUAAUUUUGUAAUUGUGUAAUACUUCAACAGAUUGUAUGAAUUUAAAUCUACCAAAUGUUGCCUCCAUGUUAUUUUGUUAAAUUAAAUUUGUAAUUAGUAGAAAAUCCUAAUUAUAUUCAAUAUUUUUGCUUCUCUUAAAAAAUGGAUAUUUGUUUUUGUUCCUUCAGCUGAAGUAGUUGGGAUAAGUAUUUUGAUUUUUAAUCUUUAUGUUUUUCCUGGUAGCACAAAAAAAAUCAGGACAUAAAUUAUUGGAAAAUUUUGUACUACUUAAAAAUGUUUCUUAACAGUAGCACUACAUGACUUUUCUCGUCUGCUCUUUGAGUACCUGUAUAUAGCAUUAACCUAGUAUUCAGAUAAGCAAUAUCUUUCAUGAACUAGAUAUAUUUUAAAAUAGUCAUCAGCUUAUAGUCACUUACUGAUAAAACGCAAAUUCCGGUUUUGAUACUUAAUGAAAUAGAAGAAAAAGUUUUCACUGGAAGUAUGACUAAAGAAUGAACUGCUUUGGACUUUUUGUGUAAAGUAUUUUAAUCUUUAAACAGCACAAUAAGAGAAUUAUAAUGCAUACUUGUAUCUGAGAGCCUCUAUUUAUAAAUUAAGCGUUAGAUACAAUAAUGGGAGCAUACAUAAAAAGAAAAUGCUUUGUGUUAUAUUUUCUGUUUUGCAUUUCUUGUCAAGAUAAUACAUUUUGGGGAGGGGGUGGAAAUGUGAUCACAGUCAUGAUGAAAUAGCUAGAUUGUAGAUACGUGCAGCAAAUGUGGGGGGUUUUGCCAAAUUAAAACAUUUUCUUGUUGGACUUGAUUUAAAUAAAAGUAAUUGUAUUAGUUUUUAUUCCUUAACACUAUAUUUAUUUUGUAUUAUAGAGACAUUCUGUAACUCAGUUUCAGAAACUGAUUUAUAAUUGUGCUUUUCAAAGGGUUAUUAAUGGUUUGCUGCCAUUUUUUGUGCAAUAAUCUGAAAAAGCCUAUAUUACUUUUCUAGCACAGAGUGGAUUAUUGAUUACAAGUAAAACAGUGUUAAUUUAAUGAUGAAACCCUUCCAAGAAUGUCCUAGUAAAUAAAAAUUCAUAAAUACAGCUGAUGAACAUUUGUUCACACA